ACAAGGCUCUUCAAGUCACAUUUUAACCGAGAAAAAUCGACAAAAUGGCGAUGGCGAGCGUGCGAUCUGGUCUCCUCCGAGCAGCCCUUCGCGGCGGAUCUCGGCCUACUGCUCCUCCCAAGCGGGGCUUCGCUUCCUCUUCUCAUCACGACGAUGAGUAUGAAACGGCAAAAUGGGAAAAGAUAACAUAUUUGGGUGUUGCUACAUGCACUGUUUUAGCCAUUUACAAUCUAUCAAAAGGUCAUCCCCACCAUGAAGAGCCUCCUCCGUACCCAUAUUUGCACACUCGCAACAAGGAGUUCCCAUGGGGACCAGAUGGCCUGUUUGAGAAGAAGAAGCAUCACUAGGGCGACCGAUGGCCCAAUUGACUCGAAUCUUUCCGAGUUCGUCACAUUCUUGUGAUUUGUCAGAGAAA